UCCUAAUAGCCUAUUUGAAAUGAACAGCAAUGCCAUAUGCGGAGAGGAAGGGCCAUAUUGCGCACGUGCAGGGAGUGAUCCUCAUCGCUCCCAUGUCCCUGAUCUGUGAUAGGACGUGGGAAGGGUUAUCCUAUUAUUUCAGUGUCGUUAACAGAAGGCUUUAGGACCCCGCGGUGUAGCACUGGUCAGCAGCAGACCCGAGGCAGAGCAGAGGCGGAGAGGAUGCGGAGGAGAGGGCUGCGGCUGCGACAAUGUGACAGCGAGAGGACUGCAGAAAGUUGACGCCCGGAAAGAUGAACUGAAUUUUGGGUGAUUUGUAAACCCCGAUAGAUGAAGAAAGGGGCAGUGUGACACACAGGUUUAACGGGAUAAGCGCAAAAGGCACACCUGUGUUUAGGUCUUCCGUUGACCUCAGCUCGUGCGUUUCGAGCUGUGCACCUGAACUGCAGCCUACAGACUCAAUGCACUGGAAUCAUCCUGAACGAACAGCACACGAGCAGCUGAGAAGAAGAGAAAUGACUGACGAGAACCCUUCACUUGGACUUCUACUCUUAUAUAAGAUGAAGUGUGGUACUGCUCAAGUUCCCAUAGGAGCCUAGCAGAGCCCACAAUAACCCAAAGCCAUAAAUCACCACAGAAGCACUCCAACUGUCCAUUAUGCUCCAAUGUAGCAGUACAGGAACAGGGGUGUUGUUAUGCUGCUGACCCAACAACAUACACCAAAGGAUGCUAUUUCUGGCACCUCAUUGCUUUCAGAGAUUAGUUGCCCUCCAAUAUGGCCCCAAUCUGUUCAUUUGCCACUAGUUUGACUGCAAACACCCUGUGAAUCAAUCUCGUCACCAUCUCCCAGGGAUCUGUAUGCACUUUUUUUUUACAAAGGCCAUCGGAUUGUUCCACACAACCUUGAAACAAAUGGAUUAUUAUAUGCAUAUAAUAAAGAAAUUAUAAACACAAGCACCUAAUGCUACAGACACACCUAUCGAAUACAGUGAGAGUCAACAAGAAAUAUCACCUAAAAAAAGAAUACGACGCAUCUUUAAAAUAACAAAUGCAAAGGAUCUUCCUUUUAAUAGUCGGGACACCUUUCAGGAAAAGCAGCAUGUACUGAUUGAUUCAUAAUUUGCUGUUAAUGUUUUUGGCAUUAACUGAGCAAAAUGGAAAAAGUGGAUGAGUUGGAGCACCCUCUUCUGGGAGAGGGUACAAAUAAUAAAAAUGUGUCAGGACCUGUGCCUGUGUCCACAUAUUCCCCUGGUGAGCGGUUUAAAGGGGUCUUAGUAAAGUGUGAGGAGGAUCAAGUGUAUCCUCCACUCGCAUGGAGUAGUUACUGCGGACACCCCCCUGAGAUCCCACAGCAGCAGCUCUUGGACCCCUGCUCUCUGCCUCGCACACUGGAGUCCUACUACCCAGGUGGGCCUUUGUGGGGUCAUACAGACUCAUUGCUUAAUAAGGACUAUCUGGAGACUACCUUUGUGGACAUACGGCCUGGCUCAACACUGGAAAGGAAGCUGAUGGCUGAAGCUCAGGACUACCACAGUACCUACAGCAUGGAGGAUGAGGACGACCUGCUCCCAGACUCAGAUGAUUCGUCCAUUGACGAUUACACAGACACAGACAGUGAGAGCAACUUCCCUCUAAUGAUACCACAGGACUACUUGGGUCUGGCCUUCUUCUCUAUGCUCUGCUGCUUUUGGCCACUGGGGAUUGCUGCAUUCUACCUGUCACAAAAGGUAUCUUUCCAGCAAAUUGGAGAAAUGCCAGCAAAUGGCAAAGGCCUUUUGACCCAAUCAAUGGCCUUCAUUAAGGUUUAA